ACAGACACUUGCUUUUUGUAUGAAGGGGUUUAACCCAAUGAACAAUCCUGUCUGUCUUUCCCAAAAUAAGCCAGUGGGAGAGGGAUCGCCGAGUGAGCCAGGGAGAUUGGAGGAACGAGGUGCACAGCCCCUGGUUAUAAGUCCUGGGAGUGGGAGCUCAGCCUGCUUGGACCCACAGCCUUUAGCUCAAUAUACACUGCCUUGCUGCCUGCCUGACUGCCUGACUGACUUGACUGACUGACUGAAUCUCACUCCACUGUUACUCCCUCUCUCUCCCUCUCUGUCCUGCUCCCUCGCUCCUUCCCUCCUACUUUCCACCCUGGAGAGCGAGUGUGCACAGAUUGGGAAGGUGCUCCUCAGACCUGCGUCUGGACAGCUUGAAGACGGCACAGAGGAGAUUUUUCACUCUCCCCUCACUUGCUCUUUCAUCCUUUCUCUUGCUUUCGUAAUCUCUGCCAAAAAGCACAUGGAUGGACUUUUGCUGGAGGCAGAAGAAUAACAGUUAAACAGACUUUUUUUCUUCAGUUUUUACACUUUGGUUGUGUAUUUUUUCCUGCACUUGUGAGCAGCACUGGACCAAUUCAGGGUGCCAGCUCUUUGCCCAGGAGGACACCUCUCCUCUUUUUUGGCUGCAUGUUCAUUGAAUAUCUGAUGCCAUCGCAUCUCAUGGGAGACACGCGUGGCUGAACCAAGGAGGGAGGUAGAAGAGAGACCCACCUGACGCUCACACCUACCGCUGCCCUUACCCAGUGCGCGCCCCCCCCUCCCUCCUCCCGCCCCUCAACGCUCUGUGGAGAGAAAGUUCUUUGUGUGACAUCCGAAGCCUGGGAUGCUGGUGACCAUGCUGUUGGCUCCUGUCUGUGUGCUGCUGAUGCUGGGGGCGCGAGCUCUUGCUGGAGGCUACCCCCCCAUACCCCACAUGAAAUACAUGCAGCCCAUGAUGAAAGGGCCUAUUGGACCCCCAUUCAGGGAGGGCAAGGGACAUUACGUUGAUAUGCCCCCCAUGGUGGAGGUGAAGGGGGAACCAGGCCCCCAAGGGAAACCUGGAUCAAGAGGCCCCCCUGGGCCACCAGGACUUCCAGGAAAACCUGGACUGGGCAAGCCAGGUCUCAAUGGCCCACCAGGCCCCCAGGGGCCUUCUGGCUUUCCAGGGAUUGGUAAGCCUGGACUUCCAGGUCUCCCAGGAAAGAUUGGGCCAAAGGGGGUGCCAGGGCUUAAUGGCGAAGUUGGUCCUCGUGGUGAACCAGGCCCCAGAGGUCCUUCAGGGCAGCCCGGUCUUCCUGGCCCAGCUGGCCUAUCUCUAAACGGGAAACCUGGACUUCCAGGCAUCAAAGGUCCCUCUGGGUCUCGUGGUGAACCAGGAAUAAAGGGUGCUCCUGGGCCACCAGGUGAGCGUGGGUUUAAGGGCGAGAAUGGAAAUGGGAAGCCAGGGCCUACAGGUAUAAGGGGUCUGCCUGGGAUUAAAGGUAGUACAGGCCUACCUGGUCAUCCAGGUAUAGGCAAACCAGGACUAAAAGGUUUGCCUGGACUGCCUGGUCUUAAAGGUGAUCAUGGACUCCCAGGGGAUCGGGGAGAACCAGGAGAGGCUGGGUCUCCAGGUCUACAAGGUCUGCCAGGGCCAGUUGGGUUAGGGAAGCCUGGGCUGGAUGGACUGCCUGGAGGACCCGGUCCUAUAGGUCCAAAAGGUGAGUCAGGGCCCAGGGGUUCUCCUGGAUUUCCUGGGACUCCUGGCUAUGGAAAACCUGGUCUAAGUGGACCAAAAGGAGAAAAGGGCCAUGGUGGGUUGCCUGGUCUUCCAGGGGACAAAGGAGAGCAAGGAAUGGUGGGCCAAAUUGGGGAACCAGGACUUGAUGGACAGUCAGGACCACCAGGACUUCAAGGCCCAAUGGGACUCCCAGGGAAACAUGGAAUGCCAGGACUGAAGGGAGAGAUUGGGCCCCAGGGCCCUCCAGGACUGCCUGGCCUCAGAGGUGACCAAGGCCCCAGUGGACCCUUUGGAAAACCUGGCAUUCCUGGGGAAAAAGGCGGCCCUGGGCCUAAUGGCCCAAUUGGAAAACCUGGACCCAAAGGUGAGGCAGGGCAUAUUGGCCUUCCUGGGAAUCCAGGACUUACAGGUACUCCAGGGCCUAAAGGUGAGACAGGGUUUAUAGGGACUCCAGGCCCCAGGGGCCAGUCAGGCAUUCCUGGUCUCCAGGGGCCCAUGGGUCCCAUGGGGCCACAGGGUGUACCUGGCCCGAAGGGUGAACCUGGACUUACAGGGCCACCAGGAUUGGGUAAGUUUGGAGAGAAGGGAGCAAUGGGUCCCCAAGGUCCUCCAGGGAAACCAGGCCCUGUUGGACUUAAUGGUAACCCCGGCCUCCCUGGGCCUCCAGGGCCCCCUGGUCCUCCAGGAAAUGGCCAAACAGUUGUUGCAGGGCCAACAGAUUCACAGUUGGAAGGGGAUGAAGUACCAGGGGACCGGAAGGGGCCUGCAUACAGUCAAGUACCACUCUCUGCUUCUGUGGCACCAGCCUUCACAGCCAUCCUCUCCACACCUUUCCCUCCCUCUGCCAUGCCAAUCAAAUUUGACAGGACCCUGUACAACGGGCAAAAUGCCUACAGCUCUGCUACCGGCAUGUUCACUGCUCCUUUAUCUGGUGUCUACUACUUUGCAUACCACAUGCAUGUAAAGGGAACUAGCUUGUGGGUGGCACUGUACAAGAACAAUGUACCAGCCACUUACACCUAUGAUGAAUACAAGAAAGGCUACAUGGACCAGGCGUCCGGUAGUGCUGUCCUAGAGCUGAAGGAGGGUGACCAGGUAUGGGUCCAGAUGCCCUCGGAUCAGGCAAAUGGCCUCUAUUCUACCGAGUACAUCCACUCCUCCUUCUCAGGAUUCCUCCUCUGUCCCACAUAACCCUGUCCUUCCAUUCAAACAUAUUCCUGUAUUGGCACCUCAGAGCAGCCCUAAACCUAAAAUACCUGCAGCCAUAAUAGAAACACAAAACCCAUAGGAUUCUCAAUAUUAUUGCCAUCAUCUUUAUCUGUCUCACCCUCAACAUCUUCAGCGAAAGAAAAAAAACUAACUUUGUGAAUGAAAUAUGGAAAGUUUUUAAAGGCAGGGGAAGGAAUUUCAUACUGUGUUCUUUGUUUCAUUGUCAUUCAAAUGUGUGUUUUGGGUUGUAUUUUAUGUUGGUGUUUUUUAGCUUAUAUUAUUUUAAUUAUUAUAUUGUCAUAAUUUUAUUGUUAUUAUUUGGUCCUUGUCAUCAUUGUUGUUGUUGUUUAUUGGAUUCAGACUAUUAAGUGCCUUACUUUGUAAUGUGCUAGUAACAGACCUUCCCAUGUGACUGCACAUCCUGCCCUCAUGCUCUGACAUCAUAAGGACAACAUCACCAGACCCUGGGGGGGUGAUUGGUUCCUCACGUCCCCCUCGUGUUCUUAUUUAAACGAAUUAAAUGAAUUUAAAUGAAUGGCAAUACUGACAUAAAGAGCAACAAUACAACGUAGAACAUACAUACAAACAAUAGCAAAACAAGGCAUUUGGUGCUGUAAUACCAUCUUUUUUAACGUUUCUUUUGGUUGACCUUUUUGGUACUCAACAAUUGCUACUUUGAAAUUAUUAAUAGAAUUAAAUCUUUGUGUUUAGAGUGAGAUAUAUAUUUUGACAGUUAUUUGGCCCAAACAUCUGUUGGGUGCUUAUUUCUCUGCUUCUCGGUGAAUUUAGUAGCUGAUCAUUUAAAAGUGACGGAUCUUUCUUCUAAUUUAUUGAACUGUACAGAAAUGCAGUCAAAGAAAUACAAUCCAAGAAUUAAUUAAAUAUGACCUCACAGUAUUAGAAUUAUUAAAUUUAAACUGCCCCUUUAAAGAGUAUCAACAACAUCAUGCAAGAACAAUGUCUUUUCUUAAAUUUCAGGACGAUACUAAUUGAGGACGAUAUGUAUGCAUACAGUCAAUGUUUACAUGCCAUAGAAUAUAUACUGAGAGAAACUGCAAAAUGGACAGUACACUACCAUAGCUGGAUCGAUGGCCCGUUUCCUUGUAUCGAUCUGAUUUUCCCAUUUGCUCUGCAAAUCCCAUCACCAGGUCGCAGGCAUCCUCUUCAGAUGCUCUGACCAUGACAUCACUGCUUUCUAAUGGUAUACUACCUAUUAAUAAAUCAGUAUCAUAUUAACAUUCCUAGUGAGCAAUCUGUAAUGGCAUACUAUAAAACCCCCGUUCUGACCACAUAUCUGUGAAGAUGCUGUGAGCUCAUUUAUGUUUUGGAAAAAUUAACUAAAAUUAUUGAUUAGUUAAAAUAAAUCCAUGUGUUACUUUAAUGCCAGCUUCUGUGUGACUUGUUGCAGGACAAAUGAGAGCAAUUUGGAGUUAUUUGUAGUUGAGAAUGACAAGACAUUCUACUAAUUCCCAAACCAUUAUGUCAAAAAUAGCAGAAUUAUUGUUUAUUUUUGUGGAACAUCCAUGUUUUCAAGGCCAAGAUGUUUCAGAACCGAAUAAUUUUAAAGUAUAUAGCUGGAAAUGAGAAUCGAUCUGCAUUUACUCCAUGAAUAAGUAAAGGGACUGACUGAGGCCCACAGGUUGUGAAAUACAGGUUGUGUAACAUUUAACAAGCCCCUGCCAAAGGGAGAGGUGGUGGGCCAGAGGUGAGUGAACGUGUAUUUACUAAUUUCUGUUGGAUGAGGCAUUAAAGAUACAUGCUGUGUGUCUGUGUGUAUGCAUGUGCUUGUAUGUUCUAGUAGGUGUACGCUUCUGUCUGUCACUGUGUCAAUAUUUGUGUGUGUGUGUGUGUGUGUGUGUGUGUGUGUGUGUGUGUAGCUGUGUAGCUGUGUCACAUUGUUCCCCUUGCAUUCCGGUCAUGAGCACUUCAGCAAAGGUAAUAACAAACUUGUUGAAGUUAUAAAACCUUAGUGAGAGCUUACAGUCCUGUCAAUGUUCCACAUGAAAUCUGACUUCAAAACGUAUCAGCCUCCUUUUGGGUUCAUUUCACACUCUCUAAUGGUGCCUUUGCAAAGUAAGGGAAGAAAAUGAUAAAAUAGGUGAAUGAUGAAUGUAAUAAAUGGAUCACGUGAGACAGAGAAACCUGAAGUUAAACCGCCAUAAUGAGAUCAGAAGACAACAUUUGCUAGACAUGAAUUACUGGUUAACACUGAACAUUUUUUGAUAUGACCAUUUUGCAUAUUGGUCCAAUGAGUGGCAUUAUGGUGUGCAAUAAUUUUUGUGUUGUACCAAGUCAUGAACAAAAAAAAAGACAUUCUGGUGACAUGUGCAAGAUCUUUUAUCAGUGGUUGCAGUUACAGAUGGGAAGAGAUAAAGAGGUUUGGGCAAAACUGAGAAACGCUGGUGUUUAUAUUACCGACUAUGUGCCUUUACAUUGCCUCGGCUCAGACAGGAUUCAAAUCUUAACACUAUCAUUACACUGAAGUUAGGACUACCUUACACCUUGAUGGAGGAAUGUCAAUGUACAAGAAGAUUGUGCCAAAUAUUGAGCUUUACUGUCAGAAUGAAUGUAUGCUGACUGAUUUACAAUAGUUCCUAUAAAUUGUCUACCAUAACUAGGGAUGGAAAUUGAUAAGACUGCUCAUUAGAUUGAUUCUUUGUUGAUUCCCUUAUUGAUUCCUGAUCUGAAAAAAAAAAAACACACAGGUUAAAUGUUUUAUUAUUUCUGAGUCUGAACACAGUGUAGAAAAAGAGCAGGGUUAUAGUGAUUCAACUUUCUUUGUGAAAUGAGGCCAUGCUUUGGAGCACUUCUUCCUCUCCGCCAUUACUCCUUCUUUUUGCAAGUUUCAAGCAGUGUAGACACUUGAGUUUGACAUCAUUGUUUUGCAAUGCCUAAGUGUAAAAAAAAACAUGCUGGCAUUGAUAAAAGGAACUGACAAGCUUGGCGGCAUUCAACUCAAAUGGAUUGGACUAUUUGGAACUGGUUCUUGAUUCCCAUCCCUGAGCAUAACAGAUAACACAUACAAACAGUAACUCUUGAAGUUGCUUUAGAAAAGCAGUGCUAGGAUAAGGCCUAAUCAGUAUUUUAUAUAUGUAAUGCAAACAAUGCACUUGGUCUUGCCCUUUCUGUCUAAUAAUUACAUUUUCAUAACACACCUACAACUGCUAUCUAUCAUUAUUGUUAUGUGAGUCUACAAGGCAGUCCGAGGCUCGUUAUGUACUGUAUGUUGCCUUUUUUUUUUUUUUGUCGCCUUCUAUUUUUGGACAUAUGAAACGAUGAUGUGAGUUACAUGUGGCCAUUACUCUCUGUCCUUAUGUUUUCAUAGACAAUGUCACUUGCUUGCAGAGUUUGCCCUGUGUGCAAAUCAUUUAACAAGUGUCAGUAAGAUCCAUGUACCGUCUCAAUCACAAAUUACUUUGAAGUGUUUUUUCUGUUUUUCUUUAAAAAAACAAAACAAACAAAAAAAAUAUAUGAUUUUUUAAAAAGCCUUGCUUCGGUUCUUAAGGGAUAUUUGUUUGUUUUAGUUUCAAUAAAUACAAACGGCCAUUCCCAUUUGCACAUGAAAUUAAUGAAGAUGUAUUUAUACAUUUAUGAUAAUUUAAUAGGGAUGCCAAAACCGACCACCGAAGCCUAGAACGUAUAAAUGGUAUUUAACAGCAUUGAUGAGUUAAGAGCAUUUACAACAUGUAGUUAGCAUUCUAGCGUUGUUUGUGAAGGAUUAUUUGUGGACUUUUACUUUCUAUUUGUGUAAUGUUCAAUGUAUCAACUUAUAGGAUUUUUGUCAUACAAGGCUAUUGCGUGCACUCUAUGCAAUAGAAUUUGGGUAUAAAAUGCACUCUUUUUGAUUGAAAAUGUUUGUCUGCUUAUACAAAAUCUACAGUACUUGAUUGUAUUGAUACCACAUCAAUAAAAAAAACUUUCUUGUA